AUGGCGUCCUCAUCAACGAGCCACCAGCUCGAUCUGGAAAAGGCCGCGGCGGCGGCGCCGUCGCACGCCCGGAAUAACGCCACCACAACCGAGGCGGCAUGUCUUGGCUCAAAUGAGGAGAAGGAAUGUGAGGGAUGGGCCGCCGGACAGGAAGCUCUGGCGCCGGCGUGCUCACACACCAACUCACAUGUCCGCGCCGCAGAGGACGAGGGCCACAAUGAUGCCCGUAGCGACAACGAGGACGAUGACAGUCAUUACCACCAACACGAUGACGGCAUCGGCGGUGGUGGUGGCGGUGUUGUUGGCAGAGUGCUGAGCCGGAUCACAUCCAAGUCGAGCAUCGAUCCAGGUCCGCCGCCCGACGGCGGCUGGUUAGCCUGGACGCAGUGUCUCAUCGGCCACUUGGUCAUAUUCACCACAUGGGGCUGGGCCAACUCCUUCGGCACCUUUCAAGCCUACUACACCACGCUCCUCGACCGCUCCCCCAGCGACAUUUCCUGGAUCGGGUCCCUCAACGUCUUCCUGCUCUUCUUCGUCGGCACCUUUACGGGCCGCCUCACCGAUGCGGGCUACUUCCGCGCCGUCUUCCUCUUUGGCAGCGUCCUCCUCGCCGUCGGCAUCUUCGCCACCGCCCAGUGCACCACCUACACGCAGUUCCUCCUCGCGCAGGGCGUCUGCAUCGGCGUCGCCCACGGCUGCCUCUUCUGCCCGACCCUCGCCGUGCUGUCCACCUACUUCCACCGCAACCGCGCCCUCGCCGUCGGCAUCGCCGCCUGCGGCUCCGCCACCGGCGGCCUCGUCUUCCCCACCAUGGUCCGCCAGCUGCUGCCGCGCGUCGGCUUCCCCUGGACCGUCCGCGCCAUCGGCUUCGUGCAGGUCGCCGUCAUUGCCGUCGCCAACGCUGGCGUCCGGACCAGGAUCCGGCCGCGCAAGACGGGCCCCAUGGUGGAGUGGCAGGCCUUCAAGGAGCUCGAGUAUACAUUCUACGCCGCGGCUGCCUUUUUUAACUUCUGGGGCGUGUAUUUUGCCUUCUUCUACGUAUCCGCAUACUCGCGUGACGCCCUCAACCCGCCACUCUCGUACCCAGAUUCUCUCAACUUGCUGCUCAUCCUCAACGGCGUCGGCGUCAUCGGCCGUAUCGUUCCCAACUUCAUCGCCGACCGCAUCGGCGCCGUCAACGUCUUCAUCCCGACGUCCAUCAUCGCCUCCAUCCUCGUAUUCUGCUUCAUCGCCAUCGACAGCCCCGCCGGGCUUUACGCUUGGGUCGUUAUUUAUGGUAUUAUCGGCGCUGGCAUCCAGAGUCUUUUCCCCGCGGCUCUGUCUUUUCUCACCACGGACCUGCGCAAGCUCGGUGUGCGCAUGGGCAUGGUCUUUACCAUUGUUAGCUUCGCCGUGCUGACAGGGCCCCCUAUAGCAGGUGCCAUUAUUGCGAGCCCUGCUGGUUAUACCGGCGCCAAGGCAUUUGCUGGCAGUGCCAUUGCUGUCGGCUGUGGCUUUUUGGUCGCGGCCAAGCUGGCUAGGAUGCACAGUAAGGGUCUUGGCUGGAAUAAUAGAAUAUAA